UAAUAAAAGCGCUUGGAUGGAGCUUGUACAGUCCUGUGUGCUUGCCAGACCUGAAAGCUACAAUACCUAGUAGGAACACAGUGGAAUCACAUUGCUGAGAUGGCACUAAGAACCACAAAGGUAGACUUCUUGAAGCAUGAGAAUGCCUGUCACCACAACACGGCUGAGUUUGACAACCCACACCUAAUACUGAGACGAGGGCAGGAGUUCUCUCUUAAGGUUUCCUUUAACAGGGAAGUGACCCAGAGGGAUAAAAUAAUGUUGCAAUUCACUACUGGUCCUCGCGCAAUGAAAUCGAAUGGAACGCUUGUGCUGAUUGAGCUGAGUUCUUCAUGCUUAACCAACAGCUGGAGUGCUACAAUCCGACAGAAUAACUGUAAUGAGUAUAUAAUACCUGUCACUAGUCCUGCCAAUGCAAUUAUUGGAAAAUACUGUCUAAGUAUAAUAACAGGAAGAGGACUCGUUUACACGGCAGGAGAUUGCCCCAUUUACAUUCUGUGUAACCCUUGGUGCAAAGAUGACAGUGUAUAUAUGCCAGAUGAGGAGGAGAGGAAAGAAUACGUUCUGAAUGACAUAGGUUACAUUUAUGUGGGAUCAACCCGUAAAAUCACUGCAAGGCCAUGGAAUUUUGGACAGUAUGAAGUCGAUGUGCUGGACUGUUGCAUGUUUCUCCUCGACCGCAGUGAGCUCAAAGCUGCAGCAAGAAGGGAUCCAGUCAUUUUAUCAAGGAAAUUCUCUGCUUUGGUCAAUUCUAAUGAUGACAAUGGAGUCCUGACAGGUAAUUGGUCAGGACAGUAUGAUGCAGGUGUUUCCCCCACCACCUGGACAGGAAGUAGCGCUAUUCUACAGAAGUUUUACAAAACCAAAAGGUCCGUUCUGUUUGGGCAGUGCUGGGUAUUCUCUGGAGUUCUUACAACAGUUAUGCGCUGCAUAGGGAUCCCCGCAAGAAGUGUCACUAACUUUUCUUCAGCUCAUGAUACUGAGGAGAAUCUUAAAAUUGAUGUUUACAUGAAUGAGAGAGGAGAGAAGUUAGAGGAUUUCUCCAGUGAUUCGAUUUGGAAUUUCCAUGUGUGGAAUGAUGUAUGGAUGAAACGACCUGAUCUCCCCAGUGGUUAUGAUGGCUGGCAGGCUAUAGAUGCCACCCCACAAGAACCAAGCCAGGGCAUUUUCCAGUGUGGCCCAUGUUCUCUGACAGCCAUAAAAAAUGGAGAUGUCUAUCUGCCCUAUGAUGCCAAGUUUCUAUUUGCUGAAGUAAAUGCUGAUAGGAUUGAAUGGAUGGUACAGGAAACAGAUGGGGAGGAACAAAUUGACCAGAUACGGGAGGAAAAAAACUGCAUUGGGAAAUGCAUCAGUACUAAGGCAGUCAACAAGAACUUGAAACAUGAUAUUACAUCAUCAUACAAGCACAAGGAGGGUUCUGCAGAAGAGAGAGAGACUUUCAGAACCGCCUGCUCUUACCUGAAGUCAGACACUUGCUUAGUGUUUGCAGCUCCUCCCCCUCCCCCUCCACCUGGCAUUAAGUUACAGAUCACAGGAGACAAGGAAUUACUGCCUGGGAACACCUUGUCUCUGAACAUCUUGCUGGAAAAUGAAUCAAAUGAGGCAAAGACAGUGACUAUCACUGCUGGCUGUCAGCUGCACUCCUAUACCGGCAAAACCAUUGCCUCCCUUACAUCUGUCACACAGACAGUAGAGGUGCCAGGGAAGGAAGCUGCUUCUGUCCCUUUGAAUGUUGAUGGUGACAUGUAUAUAAAGUCUUUGACCUUAGUGGAUGAUGAGCUUAUGAUCAGAGUCAACGUCAUAGCAGAAACCAAGGAGACAUCUGAGAAAACUAGCCAGUGCCUGGUGAUACCAUUUAUAUAUCCACCCAUUGUAGUGGAGAUGCCAGAAACUGGAAAGAUUAAUGAAGACUUCACUUGCACCUUUACCUUUAAGAAUACUCUGAGUUUUCCCUUAGAGAAGUGCGAGCUACAUGUGGAAGGACUUGGCAUGUUCAAACUGGAGAAAUUCAAUCAAGGAGAUGUCAGACCCGGAGGAAUCUUCCGCUCUAAGAUCAUAUGUGCCCCAAAGAGAGUCGGGGAGCGGAAAAUUGUGGCUGAGCUUGUUUCCAGGCAAAUCAAAGGAAUUUCUGCAGAAAAGAUAAUCACCAUCACCAAGUAACCUUGAAGGAAAAGCUAUUCUUUUAUGGCAACAUCACUAUCGCCCUGCUUUCUGUGCAUCUUACCUUUCCUUCAUCGAAUCACUUCAGUUGUAUUAGGUGCUUAUGAGCAUAAGCACAAAACAUUCACUUCGAUUAAUAAAAUAAAGCAACGGUGAUUGUGAAAAAUA